UCUAUGAUUGAAAUCAAUUGAAAUGUUAAGAUUAUCACAUUGUGAUUAAGAUACGUUAAUCAGUUUUAAAUAAAUUAAUUUUACAUUUAUCUAGCUGCAUGAAAAUUUUUGUAUGUUAACACACUUGGUUACAUCAGCCCUUCAAGGAUAAUGACUAUAUUUAGAGAAUCUUUCAUUGAUAUACAAAAUAAAUACAACAAAGUGAAAAAAUUAAUUGAAGAGGAUUGUAAGACUGAUCCUGAAAAUGAACCUUAUCUUUCAAAAUAUACGGCAAGAGAAUUAUUACUUACCAUGAAAGCAAAUAUUGAUAAUCUUUUACGGAAUUGCAUUGUGGGUACUAAAGAACAUUUAAGACUAACUGGCAUGCUUGCUGCAACAUACCUUUAUAUGGGAAUGAUUGCCGUUGAUACAGAAGAAUUAUCAGCAGGUGAAAAGAGUUUGAUUCAGUGUCAAGAAAUUGUUGAUAAAUAUGAAGCUGAGCCAGAAAUAAUUUUAGUUUCCUUAAAUAUGUUAAAUCAGUUUGGGAUUCUAUGGUCACAAAGAGAUCCAAAAAAGUCAAAACUGUAUUUAGAAAAGGCAAUAUCUUUGUAUAAUAAUUUUAAGCAAAAAGCAUUAACUCCGUAUGAUAUUGACGAUCUUUUUAAAUUAAAUGUUGAAUCUUCUGAGACUGGUGUACAAAGCUUAGAAAAAGUCUAUACAUUAACAUUAUAUUAUGUUGCACAAAUAUAUGGCAGUUUAAAUGAUGCUCUUAAAAGUGCUAUUUACUGUCACAUUACUUUAAAAAGACAAUUAGAAAGUGGCAAUUAUGAUAGUAUUGAUUGGGCACUGAAUGCAGCAACUCUAUCCCAGUUUUUUAUGGAAAGAAAUGGCUUUAAAGAAGCACGACAUCAUUUAGCUAGUAGUUCUGUUAUUUUAGAUGAAUAUGAAAAACAACUUAAUAUACUUCAGGAACAGUCAGAAGAAUUUGAAGCCAAAAUGGAAAAUUUUAGAAAUAGAAGUGCCGAUGUUUCAAGAUGUUGGGCUAAGUAUGGACUUCUACUACUUUCAGUUUCACGUGAAAGAUUACUUGACUCCUCCGAUGAAAUGACUAAGAUAUCUGAUUUAACAUUGCAUCUGUCAGAUUUAAAACUGGAUGAAAUCACAGCGUCCCAGAUUGAUUUUAAUGACUUAACAUUUACAUCAUUAAAGACAACCUUUUAUGAAAGUCAAAUAACUGAUCAGUAUAUAUUGACUUUACAAGAUGCCCAUAAAGUCUUCUAUAAUACUCAAACUUGGUUAGACAAAGCCCAUUCCUACUACACUUUAAAUGCUUUAGCUUCAGAUUAUAUUGAUAUAUUAUUAGAUAAAAGUCAAUUAUAUAAAAACCUCCUUUUCUUUGAUGAUAAUAUGGAAAAUCAAAGUAAAAUGCAAAAAAGACGUGCAGAUUUAUUAGAGAAGGUCUUAAAGGAAGUUAACCCCAUAUAUUAUAUGCAGUACUGCAGGCAAAUGUGGUUUGAAUUGGGUGAGAUAUACUGUGGAAUUUUAGAUAUAAAAAUGGAAAAAAUUAGAGAGUGUAAAGGACGACCUUCUGCUCACGCUUUAAACAAAAUAAAUCAUCUUGUCGAAAAAAGUAUACAACAUUAUACGUCGUUUACAGAUUCAUUUAAAGAAGUAACAAGUCAAGAUUUAUCCAAAUGUGUAGAUAAAGAUUUACAGAAACCGUUCUUACAAGCACUGUUUCACAUCGCAGCUCUAUGGAGUCGAUUUAUUACAUUAGACAAGAAGGUGGGCCUAGAAAACAUAAAUAAAAGUAACGAGUUUUAUAAAAAAGUGAUUGAUUAUUGUGAAGCAAAUCCUGAAGUAGGACAAGCUAUUUCUGCCGAAUUAAGCGUAUGUAAAGAAAUGGUCAACCUUCUUCCAGUAAAAAUUAUGAAGCUUCAACAAGAAAUUCCGUAAACUGUUUAAAUUACAAUUUACGAAGUGAUCUUUUAUCAUAAUUGUAAAAUUUAAUCUUAUAAAAAUAAUAGUUAAUGUAAGCACUUAUUUGUAUGCUUUCAAAUACUAAAAAGACGAACCCAAAUUGCGAACUGAUCGAAAGUAUUACAGUAAAGCAGAUAUUUGUAAUUGUUGUACAUUUUUUUUAAUUAAACGUUGACGUUAAGGCUUAUUCUACUCACACAUUACGUAAUCUUAUUUUUUUUUAAUUCCUAUUCUGUAGAAUAACAAUUUUAAUGUCCAAUUUAAUUAAUGUGUUUGUU